AUGUCAUCCCUCCUCUUUAACCUUGUGAUUGAUUGGAUACUAAAGAACACAGUAGACAGGAUAUUGAGAGGCAUACGAUGGACUCCAUUCACCAUGCUUGAGGACCUUGAUUUUGCAGUUGCACUCCUAUCACAUAAACACGAACAUAUACCCAAAAAAAGUAACAAACUACACAGCACAGUAGAAAAAGUGGGACUCAGGAUAAAUGAAAAGAAAACUAAGAUCAUGACAAACAGUCCAAACCAACAACCAGUGACCAUAAAUAACCAAACACUCGAAAAUGUAAAACAUUUCACAUAUCUUGGUAGUGAGGUGUCCCUACUGGGAGGGACAGAGGAAGACAUUUUGAAGGAUUUUGAAGGAUGA